AUGGCAACUUAUGUUUCUCCUUGUUUGACUCCUCCGGAUUCUCGGGUGCUCACUGCUCUUAGGAAGAGUGUAUUACCGGAAAAUCAUAUAGGCAGCAGGGUUAGUUGCUUUAGAAUGAGUGAAAGUAAGAGAAACCGCAUUGUGGCUGCUCAUAAGUCUGAGUCUUCGCCAAUCAGAAGCUCUUCGAAUUCUCAUAGUCCAAACCAUUACCAAAGCCAAGACUCUUUCUUGAACCUCCACCCAGAGAUAUCGUUGCUCAAUCCAAGGAAAGAAACUUCCAGCGCUCCCAUUACCGAGGAUUUUGGCGAGCCAUCUGCUUCGAGCACUUACAAUGAGGCAAGGAUAAAAGUUAUCGGUGUUGGAGGUGGUGGGUCUAACGCUGUGAAUCGCAUGAUAGAGAGUGAGAUGGUUGGUGUGGAGUUUUGGAUUGUGAAUACCGAUAUUCAAGCAAUGAGAAUGUCUCCGGUUUUCCCAGACAAUAAGUUACAGAUUGGUAAGGAGUUGACUAGGGGUUUAGGUGCUGGAGGAAAUCCAGAGAUUGGAAUGAAUGCUGCUCGAGAAAGCAAAGAAGCUAUCGAAGAAGCACUUUAUGGUUCAGAUAUGGUUUUUGUCACAGCUGGAAUGGGUGGUGGAACUGGCACGGGCGGGGCUCCUAUAAUAGCAGGGGUUGCAAAAGCGAUGGGUAUAUUGACGGUUGGUAUUGUCACAACGCCUUUCUCCUUUGAGGGACGGAGAAGAACAGUCCAGGCUCAGGAAGGGAUUGCAUCCCUCAGAGAUAAUGUCGAUACUCUUAUUGUUAUUCCAAAUGACAAGUUACUCACAGCAGUCUCUCCGUCUACUCCAGUUACAGAAGCAUUUAAUCUGGCUGAUGAUAUACUUCGUCAAGGAGUCCGUGGAAUCUCUGAUAUCAUUACGAUUCCUGGAUUGGUCAAUGUGGAUUUUGCUGACGUUAGGGCUAUAAUGGCAAAUGCAGGUUCUUCGUUGAUGGGAAUAGGAACUGCUACAGGAAAGACUCGAGCAAGAGAUGCUGCAUUAAACGCGAUCCAAUCACCUUUGUUAGACAUUGGCAUAGAGAGAGCCACUGGAAUUGUUUGGAACAUAACCGGUGGAACUGACUUAACACUGUUCGAGGUAAAUGCUGCUGCGGAAGUGAUUUAUGACCUUGUUGAUCCGACAGCCAAUCUAAUCUUUGGCGCUGUGGUAGAUCCAUCCUUUAGUGGUCAAAUAAGUAUUACCCUAAUAGCAACCGGCUUCAAACGCCAAGAAGAAGGAGAAGGGAGGCCACUUCAGGCGACGCAAGCAGAUGCAUCAAUGGGAGCAACAAGACGUCCUUCUUCAUCCUUCACCGAAGGCAGUUCCAUAGAGAUUCCAGAGUUCUUGAGGAAGAAAGGCCGCUCUCGCUAUCCUCGCCUCUAG